GGGGGAGCGGAAGGCAGGUUUGAGCUGUUGCGUUGGGUCGCGGCAGAGCCUCGCCUCAGGAGAGGGGCUGAGGCAGCCGCGAGGAAGACUGGGGCCCGGCAACCGCCGUCCGUUCUCCCUCGGUCGCUCCACCCCAUCCCGGGGAUCCUGCCAUGAAUGUGGACGUGGAGUUUCACAUUCGCCACAACUACCCCUGGGCCCGCCUCCCCGCCAGCGUUAAGCAGGGUCUUGGAAACUCACAACGAGAAUAUGAAAAGCAGGUUGUGCUCUACAGUAUCCGCAAUCAACUACGGUACCGAAAUAACUUAGUUAAGCACAUCAAGAAAGAUGAACGCAAAUACUACGAGGAUUUGUUAAAAUAUAGCAGAGAUCAUCUUAUGUUGUACCCUUACCAUUUGUCUGACAUCAUGGUGAAAGGCUUGAGGAUAACACCUUUUUCAUAUUACACAGGAAUAAUGGAGGACAUAAUGAACAGUGAAAAAAGUUACGAUUCAUUACCUAAUUUUACUGCUGCAGACUGCUUAAGGCUUCUUGGCAUAGGAAGAAACCAGUACAUUGAUCUGAUGAACCAGUGUAGGUCAUCAAAAAAAUUUUUUAGAAGGAAAACUGCUCGUGACCUGUUACCCAUGAAACCAGUAGAAAUUGCCAUAGAAGCUUGGUGGGUGGUACAAGCUGGUUAUAUCACAGAGGAUGACAUCAAGAUAUGCACUCCCUCUGAAAAAACUGCAGUUGAUAAAAUCAUUGAUUCAGGUCCUCAGCUUGCUGGAGCCCUAGACUACAAUGUUGUUCACAGCUUAUAUAAUAAGGGAUUUAUCUACCUUGAUGUACCAAUAUCUGAUGACAGUUGCAUAGCAGUGCCGCCACUUGAAGGAUUUGUUAUGAACAGAGUACAGGGAGAUUAUUUUGAAACUCUGCUGUACAAGAUAUUUGUUUCCAUAGAUGAACACACAAAUGUUGCAGAGCUAGCAAAUGUCCUAGAGAUUGAUUUGUCGCUCGUGAAGAAUGCUGUUUCCAUGUACUGCCGGUUAGGGUUUGCCCAUAAAAAGGGUCAAGUAAUAAAUCUGGAUAAUCUUCAUUCAUCAUGGCGGAACGUUCCCUCUAUAAACAGGCUAAAAACUACUUUGGACCCACAGAAGAUGCUGUUAUCCUGGGACAGUGCGGAAAGCAGGAGUCCUGUACAAGAGGCUGGCUCCUCUGCUACUGAUACAGAUACAAACAGUCAGGAUGAUCAAGGUGAUACAGCCAGUGUGAACAGCUUAAGUCUGUCCAGUGUACACACAAAGAGAAUAGCGUUCCUCUUUGAUUCAACUCUAACUGCCUUUUUAAUGAUGGGGAAUCUUUCACCAAAUUUGAAAAGUCAUGCAGUCACCAUGUUUGAAGUAGGGAAAUUGUCAGACGAGUCACUGGACAGUUUUCUUGUGGAACUUGAAAAGGUUCAGAGUACAGGAGAGGGUGAAGCUCAAAGAUACUUUGAUCAUGCUCUUACCCUGCGAAACACUAUCCUGUUUCUGAGACACAAUAAGGACCUCGUGGCUCAGGUUACACAGGCUGAGCAACCCAGUAAUGGUUUUCCUCUGGAUUUACUCCGCUGUGAAAGCUUGCUUGGCUUGGAUCCUGCCACCUGCAGUAGAGUUUUGAACAAAAACUACACAUUGCUUGUCUCCAUGGCACCCCUCACCAAUGAAAUCCGACCCACCAGCAGCUGCACACCCCAGCAUAUUGGGCCAGCUAUUCCGGAAGUUAGCUCUGUGUGGUUCAAGCUCUAUAUCUAUCAUAUUACUGGACAAGGGCCUCCAUCCUUGUUAUUAUCUAAAGGCACAAGACUUCGGAAACUUCCAGAUAUAUUUCAGGGCUAUGACCGCUUAUUAAUAACAUCUUGGGGGCAUGAUCCAGGAGUCGUCCCCACCUCAAAUGUGCUUACUAUGUUGAAUGAUGCUUUAACCCAUUCUGCUGUCCUGAUUCAGGGACAUGGCAUACAUGGUGUGGGGGAAACUGUCCAUAUACCAUUUCCACUUGAUGAAACAGAACAGCAAGGAGAUUUUUCCCGUCUCAAUAUGGGUGUUCACAAAGCAUUGAAGAUAUUGAGAGAGAAGAUGGAUCUGCAACACUUCUGUGGCUACAUAACCAUGUUGAACCCUUUCAGUCACCACGUAAAGAGGAAGCUGAGUGAUGCAUCUGAUGGAAAAGGUGAGCCAGAGCUUGCCCUGGGCUCAGAUGUAAAUGGAAGCACAGAAUCAUUUGAAAUGGUCAUUGAAGAGCCACCUAUAGAUCCUGCUGCUAAACCAAGUCCAGAAGCUCCUACAACAGAACUGGAGUGGGUUCCCCUGGAAUUGAGUUUUGGAAUCCCAUUGUUCAGUUCAGAGCUCAACCGGAAAGUCUGCCGAAAGAUUGCUAGCCAUGGAUUGUGUAGCAGAGAGAGCCUUCAAAAACUGUUACAUUCCAGCAGAAAACUUUCCCUGCAGGUCCUUAGCUUUGUUCAUUCAUUCCAGGAAAAUAUUUCAACCAUGGAGUUGCUUUCAGAGGCCAGUUUUUCUUCUUCUUCUUCUUCUUCUACGUCAAGUUUACUUUCUCAUCCAGCUUCUGCCGACGCUGGGGUUCCACUUCCUGCCAAGAAUCUCAUGUUUAAGGAUGGUGUAUUAUCGGAAUGGAACGGAUGGUCUCCUUCCUCUGUCCUUAUUGCAGCCAUGCCACCAGAACACCUAAAAUAGCAUGCAGGGUCAUAGCAUGGCAUUCACAUCUUGCCUUUUUACUCCUGGUAACCAACUGCAUUCAACUCACAGUGCCAAUCUUCUGAACCUUGUGAUGCUAUCACAGUUCGUCCCCUGCAGUGAUAGUGUUAUUAAAGUGUGUAAUGUUACAUUUCAAUUGGAGGGGGAGAGGCAUUCUGUCUCCCCAUUUCUUGCAUGUUCUGCCAUAACAAAAAAGCUUUGUUAGUUGUUGGCCUGUCUCUAUCUCAAGACAAUCAAUCUUUCUUUUUUAACAGAGAGUCCCCGUACUAAGCUUUCUGAUCAUCAAAUUUCUAUGCCGUCGCAAGGGACAAUAGCAAUUUUAUAUAUUAGUAAUGCUGACCUUAAAUUUGCCUGGUUCUUUUGUAUUACAGUAAUACGCAACAGUUAAAACAGUUUUUGGUGUUAGAAAGGCACAAAUUAUUACUCAAAUAAUGCUACAUAGCUGUCUGUGAUUCUGGUGAUGCUCUUGGGGACUAGUAGUACAAGGGACUAGUGCUGACCUAGUCUGUUAUCUACCUGAUGAAAACAAUGGUUGGAAGAUUUUGGCAUCAAAACAUUGAUGCUAUUUUGUACUGGGUUUUAAUCUUAAAUUUUGUAAACAUCUGCAGAUGCUUCAUGGGAAAACAUUAAGAGAUUGAAUUAAUGUUUCCUUUCUAACAGAAAACCUUCUCACACGGCCACAUCAUUGUAGAGUAGCUAUGCAAUAGUUCUACACAUGAUGGAUUUCAACCCAUAGUCAUCCAUUUGUGUGAAUUCUUCAUCAUGUGUGGAAUUUGGCUUUUGAAAGCUGCAACAACUGUCCCAAAAGCUGAACCUUGAAGAUUUGGGUCUGUUCGCUUGGGUUUUCAAGCACACUUCAUCAGGCAGCUUGGAAAAUAGUUAGGCAAAAAGGUCUGUCCUGAAAAACAGACUGUAGGUGAGCUUCUUUGGCAAACUGAAUGCAGUCCACAAAAUAUUUAUAGACAUGAGGUCAACUGUAUUCCAUGCUUUGGAGGCUGCAUAGGAAGAGUUUCAGUGGAUUCUGCUCUGGGAUAACUGAAAUCCUCAGCAGAAAGCUAAACCCAUGAAAACGUUUACCUACCAUGUAGGAAUAGACAGAUAGAUGGAGAUAUUGGAACUAUAAGCAAGGUAUUAAAAAUAUAGGCAAGCCUAAUACUGAAUUGGGAAGCUUUUGGGGGAUAAUCCCCUGGGGAAUUUCCUAAUGCUCCUGAAAAAAAUAAUGCUCAAAUGCAGGUUGCCUUUUUAUAUCAUUUCAUUUGUUUCAGCCAAAUAGAUGCAGGAGGGUGUUCUAGUAGAUUCAAGUGGCCACGGCAGUUGAGGUGUUUGGUUCAAUAUUUAAAAAGUUAAUGGAGAUGAUUGUGCUGGAGUCUUUCUAGAUUUUAUCAGUGUUCCCUUCCUAGAAGGGCAAGAGAAAUGUGCGCAGUGUUGUUUAAAAAUUAGUUUUGUAGCGUUGAUACACAUUCUGUAAUGCAGUUCUGCUAAUUUCAGGAUCUUCUCAGCAGCUGCAAAGUUUAAAAAUGCAGCUGUAAGAAGUUAGGAAUUAGAAUUGUUUUCUAAAAUCAUUGUGGCCUAAAGUGGAUGAUCCAGGACUUUGUGAGAAGGGCGUUUAUUUUCUUUAACUGGAUUUUUUUCUUUUUCUUUUUUUUAAGGCAAAUCAGCAGGCUUAAAUGGUGGGGAUGUUUGGGGGACCAAGAAUUUAGAGAGCAUUUAUGUGACAUUCCAGGAGGAUAUAGCAGGAAAUGUAUUUUUUAAAAAAAGGAUUUGUUGUCCAUAUUUUAAAAAUGAGAAAAAUGGUUGGAUAUUAUUUUAU